CACAUGCCCAACACAAUACACACGUUUGUUACAAACCAGGGCUUUUAUUUUGAAGUUACAUUACAAGGAAAUAACUGCGCAAGAUAUGUCAACAGAAGUGAAGUGAGAUUGGCCCUGAGCUCCUAUGGGGGUCCAUGGGCUGACCACCUAUGUGGAGGGGAACAGACACCUCCUCCAGGACGUGAAGUUCAGGGACAGUCUUCUGGUUAUAGAUGGCUGCAGUCUGUACUUCCGUCUCUACUUUAACAACGGUUUGGACCAGCAGCACGGAGGGGACUAUGAUACUUUCGCCCGCCUGCUCAGUCAGUUCCUCUCUGCACUGGCAGCCUGUAACAUCCAGCCAUAUGUGGUACUGGAUGGAGGGCUCGACCCCAGUGACAAGAAGUUUUCCACCCUGCGCCAACGUCAGCAGUCCAAGAUAAGGGACGCGGACAGUCUUUCUCACGGCCGCAAUGGCUCUGUCCUCCCCCUCCUCACAAGAAAUGUCUUCAUUCAGGUCCUCAUGCAGAGAGGAGUCCCACUGGUCCAGUGUCCAGCUGAGGCUGACUGGGAAAUCGCAUGUUUGGCUCACCAGUGGAAAUGCCCGGUUCUGACCAAUGACAGUGACUUUUAUAUCUUUGAUCUUCCAGGCGGUUACCUGCCACUUCGUUUUUUCCAGUGGACCAACCUUAAUGGUAAAGCCUCUCACCGCUACAUCUCAGCUCGGUGCUACACUACUAAAAGGCUGUGUGGUUUGUUUGGGGGCAUUAACCAGGAGCUGCUACCCUUAUGUGCCGUGCUGACUGGUAAUGAUUACAGCGCCCCAAAAGAUGCUGAAACCCUCCUCGAUCUGUUAAAUCUCAGUUCUACAUAUUGUAGAGGUGGCGGUAGGGGUAAAGGUAGCAUAUCCCGCUUUGAGGGCAUCCUCCUCUGGCUGUCCAGUUUUUCCCAUCCGAAGGAGGCCCUGGAGGAAGUGAGCAAGCUAAUGGGCGAGGAAGGCACAGCUGGAGGUGGCAGGGGCAAGGGCGGACAGAAGGGUGAGCUCAGUUCGCAGCUGUGGGCAGCUAUGCAGGAGUACCGAAUUACCCCUCAAAGCACUCUGGCCCGCUGGUUCUCUGAAGGUAAGGCACCUCCUGGAAGAUGGACCUCUGUGCUGCCAGAGUAUCUGUCGCUGGCAGCUGCACAGGGACUGUUGUCUCCCUUUGUGGUAGAUGCCGCGGUGAUGCAUAGGGUCAUGCUCAUCCCACAAGUGGAGAACAGCAGGCUACCCAGCAGCCACUGUAGUGCCAGAGCCAUACGCCAGGCUGUAUAUGAGAUAGUACUGCAGAGAGGCCCAGAUGUCCAAGCAAUGGAUAUGAGUGUGCAAGAAAACAUCCACCAGGGAAUGAGAGGUGGGAGAGGGCGAGGGGGGAGGGCGAGGGGAGGUGGUCAGUUUGGUGGAGGUAGGGGUCAGAGCAUUUUACAGCAAGGUGCAGCUACAGUGCAGGCUCAGGGCUUGGGUGUAAUUGUAGAGGAGUACGACCGUCUGGAUCUGAACUUGAAGAAAAACCAAGUCGAGGCACAUCUGCCCAAGACCCCUAUACAUCUGGAUACACUUGGCCAGGCUCCUGCGGCAGUUCGUCUUGGUGUCCUGUUAGACGUCUUGGGGGUGAGGGAGUCUGCCCUGGCUCCUGUUCCUCUCCACCUGAGGCUGGCUGUAGCAGUGACAGGCUUCUGGCUGCGAGAGGCCAAACCAACACCCUCACAGCUCCAGCUCCAGGCUUUGGUGCUGGGCAUGGUUUACGGAGAGAUCUCCUGGAACAGCGAGUGUGGAGCUACACACAGCCAACAUGCUGUCCCACAGCAGAACUGGGCUGCAGAGCACAACGUGUGGGCGGGGCUGAAUAAAAUACGCGUGAGGCCAGGGGAGAGACGGGGCUUGGAUGUCGGAGUGGCUCACAGUUUCAGCCAAUGGCAGGCCUGCCUCUGGAGUGCACUGUCUCUCAAUCAGCUAUUGCUUCUGCCAAUGCCUGAACCCCACCUAUCAUGGUUGUUCAGUGGUACCUUGCUGCACGGCCUCCUGAGGCAUCUGAUAGGGGGCCGAACUGCUGAUUCCUUUUUUUUCGGGGGUUCCUUGUCUGGACAACUCUACUCCUCCCUACUGGAAGCCGUGGUGAACUGCAUCUCUAAAACCCAUCCUUAUUGUUCGGCAGGAAGGGGAAAAAGAGGUGGAGGACGGGGAAGGAGAGGAAGAGGAGGGCGUGGGAGAGGAGCAAGGGGAGCCAGGGGAGCCAGGGGAGGGGGGAGAGAGACUGAGGAGAUAAACAACAGGUUUGCUCUUCUGAUGAAUGAGGAAGAGUAUGAUGAUUAUUGAUGAGAACUUGCUAGGGGCCAAAUGAGGGAGGACAUUCCAGUGUUUUAUGAAACACUCAGGGAAUGAUACAAAUAAUGAUUGUGAAGAACUACACCUUUUAAUGUAUACCACUGAGCUUCUACAUGUGUAAUUCCUGUAAUAUUUACCAGCCAUCUCAAAUCAGGGGACGUCAAGACAUCUGAUAUCAGUUUUCCCCAAAGCACACGCCAAAUGCCAUAUUUUAGCAGAUUUAUAAGCGCUUUUAUUAAAGUAAUGUCAUUGCAACAGUUAAACAUAACACUUUUACUCUUUAUACUAACACAAGAUUUAAACAGUGAAUGUAGAGACGUCUUAUUUUAUCAUCUCCAGGCCAGCAGAUGCACUUCAAUUGUCUCCCCAUCAUACAGUGGUAUGGCAGCUAGUGUCAUUCUUAAUGAGCAACUCAUGAAAUCUUAUGCCAUUUUAAUAUUUGCCUUAAUACGAUAAUGAAUUUGGUGCUCAUGUUUACUCUUCUUUGUAUAUUAAAAUAUAUAAAUCAACUUCCUGUUUUUUUUAAAUGGUCACGUUCAGCAAAUUUUUACUUGUAACCACAUAUGACUGAGAAUAAAAUGUUUACUCAUUCU